AUGGAGCUUGAGGUCUCCGUGGAUAAUGAGCAGCAAUUCUGGACUAACAUCCAAGAUAUUGUAUCCGCCCCUUGCUCCUCAGAAGACCUAAUCGAUAACGCACUCCGAGCGUAUCUGAACCUGGCUGCCAAAUACAAAGAAGAAUAUCUGCAGUCCGAGUUCGAGGUUGCGAGAUGCUCGUUCAAACUGCUCUCGUCGACAAUAUUUGUCGCUCAUUCGGACUACGUCCGGCGACAGAUGAUCUACGCUUUACUACAGGAAGAUGACCCUGUGACCCUGCAUAUGAUUACGUCCUUCCUCCUCUUCGACGGCCGGCAACAUGAGUUCCCACUACAAAUGAUGAAUGAAGAGGGUGCGUUUCCGCGGUUGCUUGAACUGCUUCACGUGCGUACUCUGGACAGGGACGACGAUAGUGGGGCUGGCUUACAUCGACUUCUGAUGGAUCUCCUGUAUGAGUUGUCGCGAGUACAGAAAAUCAAAAUAGAGGACCUAAUUCUCGUGGACGACGAUUUUGUGCGGGGUCUGUUUGAUAUCAUUGAGAAUCUAUCAUUUGACGCCAACGAUCCAUACCAUUAUCCUGUGAUUCGAGUACUGCUGGUUCUGAAUGAGCAGUUUAUGAUAUCAGCCCAUAACCCCAACGAUGAGCAAUCACCUUCGAAUCCGCUGACAAACAAGGUCAUCAAAGUCUUGUCCAUGCAUGGGAACUCUUACAAGACAUUCGGUGAGAAUAUUAUUCUGUUGAUCAAUAGAGAAGCUGAAACGUCGCUCCAACUCCUUACGCUUAAACUGCUUUAUCUUAUCUUCACAACUCCGAGUACCUAUGAAUACUUUUUCACGAAUGACCUUCAUGUCUUAGUUGAUAUCCUCAUACGGAACCUUCUCGACCUUCCAGAGGAAGCAUCGGCUCUCCGACACACCUACCUCAGAGUUCUCUACCCUCUGGUUGCGCAUACUCAAUUGAGGCUACCCCCGCAUUAUAAGCGAGACGAACUCAAACGUAUGCUCAGUCUUCUCGUCCGAGGCCAACUCACUGGUAAUACCGCUGCCGACUGCGAGAAGAUCACGCAUUUCGACGAAGUUGACGAAACGACUCGACGAUUAGUCCUCCGAUGCGCUACCGUUGACUGGCUACGUGAUGAAGAAGAAGCAUAUAAACCUGGCAAUGUCCCGCAAAGGGAGGAUAGUUUGACUUGCUCCUUACCAACAAUCGACAGCGCUCUCCUGUCAGAUGCCGAGAUGGGGACGUCUCUGGAAUCUUCCCAGUCAAUCGAGUCCGCCAGUACGCGGGGAAGUUCACUUGAAGACUUGUCGUUCCCUCGGGCCGACGAUCGAGACUCCCCUGCAUCUGCGAGUGACACGCCUCGCAAACAUAGCCAGGUUGCUAGGCUAGGAAUGCAUCUGGAUCCUGCCUCAACGUCUUCCCUCAGCGUGCACGAAGUCGCAUCCCAACGCGAAAAGCCAGGGAUCAUCACUCCGAGCCGCCAUGACGGGCACCAACCUGAAAGGCAAUCAAGCCCUACAAAACAGAAAGUAAAACCUCUACCUCCGAAGACAAGGCGCUGGCGCGGAAGACGAGCAACAGUAGACGAAGGAACCACCAGUCCAGUGGCCACGGCAAGUAUCGCAGAGGAGGGAAACACCAUUACUGGCCCCAACAGCCCGAGUCCUCUAUCCGCAACCCCCGUCAUAACCACCUCAGAACCUGCCAUUCCUGAUUCAGAACGUCGAAACUCAUCCACCAUUCCAAAUCCCUCUCAUAGCCACUUACCUCCAGUACCCCCGGCUCAUCAUAUCCCCCUCUCUCGCCGCUCCGCAUCCAACCCUCCGCCCGCUGUUCCACCACCUCGUCGCUCCGGAAUCCACCACAACCUCUCAUCCUCCAGCCACUGCACCCCCCUCACAAGCCCGUCAAGACUCGCAACUACACAGGGCACUCAAACCCAACCCCACAAACAAGCUCAGAAGCCCGAACCGCCGCGGACACGCCGAAGCGGACGCAGACACACGCAGACAGACUCCUCGGACACAUCGCAGGUCAGCCAGAGCGGAAACAGUAUCAGCAGUAUGAGCAGCGCUGCUACUACUUUUCUCCACCCGGAGUAUUUGGUUGAGAGCCCUUCUUCUACUUCUGCUGCCGCCGCUGUGGAGGAUGCCCAAAUUACCGAGUCUGGUAUGAGUGGACAUGGACAAGGGCAGGACCAUGCGGUUGUCAGUGUCGAAGAGGCAGUGCAAAAUGUCUCAUUACAGUGA